AUGGAUUACGAUCCUAUGGUGAUGGACGGGGAGCCCGAGCAGCCCCAAGUGAAGAUCUCUGCGGCCGACCACAUGCAUGUCGAUUUCGAGCUCUCUAAGACGAACCUCUCUUUCGCCAAUGCCGUGCGACGAGUCAUCCAGGCCGAGGUGCCCACAAUUGCUAUUGACCUGGUCGAGAUCGAGACCAACAGCUCCGUGCUAGCUGACGAGUUCAUCGCCCACCGCCUGGGUCUUAUCCCCCUCGAUUCAAAAGGAGUUGCCGAGCUCAACUACUCACGAGACUGCGACUGUGAGCAAUAUUGCGAACAGUGCAGCGUAACUCUUACACUACACGCCAAGUGCACGUCCGACGAGAUUAUGAAAGUUUAUGCGCGUGAUCUGGUAGUCGAUGGACGACAUGGAAAUUCGGUGGGAAGUCCUAUGAUUAUGGACCCCGAGGGGUAUGGCUGCCUGAUUGCGAAGCUGCGCAAGCAUCAGGAGCUGAAGAUCAGCUGCAUUGCGAAAAAGGGAAUCGCAAAGGAGCACGCCAAGUGGAUGCCUACGUCUGCUGUUGGCUUUGAGUAUGAUCCUCACAACAAGUUGAACCACAUUGAUUGGUGGUUCGAGAACGACACAGAUCCAGCUGUUGAAUGGCCCAAGAGCAAAUACGCUCAGUGGGAGGAUGCUCCUCAAGAGGGCGAGCCUUUUGAUUACGAUGCCGUCCCCAACAGGUUCUACUUCGAGGUCGAGUCAUCAGGGAGCAUGGAGCCUGAUCAGAUUGUGCGGGAAGGCAUUAGAGUUCUGCAACAGAAGAUUGGCGGUCUGCUCAAGGGGCUGGAUCCUAGAAAGUACGGCGGAGACGAGGCCGACUUCGACGGACCCCGAAGUCCAGACAUGAACAUGGAAGGAGGCACCACGCCAUGGCAAGAUGGAGGCUACACCACGCCGUAUGGUGGUGGUGGCGGCCAGACGGCGUACGGAGGCGGUGGUAUGACAGCUUAUGGAACAACACCAUAUGGAGGAUCUUGGCAGUAA